AUGGCUUCCACAAUAGGAGACAUGGAGAAAGGCCCAUCCAACCCAAAUCAGCUCAUCAUCGACGAUGCCGAGCGAAUCCACGCUGCUGAGGGCACCGUACGACCCUUACCGGCCACACCAACCUCUCUUGACGAUCCGCCGGAUGGCGGCUUCACAGCCUGGUCUCAGGUCAUCGUGGGUCACAUUGCAUUCCUUGUAUCAUGGGCAUAUGGCACAUCCUACGCCGUCUUCCAGCUUUCAAAACCUACACCUACCGACCGCUCAGGUGUCAUGGGUCGGCUCAAUGCAGCUCUUCUUGUACUUCCUUAUGGGAGUGAUUUCCGGUCGCCUGUCAGAUGCCUGUCAGAUGCCGGCCACACGAGGCUCCUAUUCGCCGUCGGAUCCGUCCUCGUCACGCUCGGCAUGUUCACGACCAGCCUGGCCACGCAAUACUGGCAGAUCCUUCUUUCCCAGGGCUUCUGCAACGGAAUAGGAGGCGGCUUGAUGUUCAUGCCAGCCGCCGCCACCGUCGCCACCUACUUCAAGAGAAAGCGGACCAUGGCCAUGGCGAUCAAUGCUUGCGGAGCGUCCACGGGAGCGAUCCUCUACGCAUCCAUCACGCAGAAUCUGACCCCCAAGAUCGGCUUCCCCUGGGCUGUCAGAUUGAACGGCUUUAUCACGAUUGCCCUCUGCGCAGUGGGAUUUUCCUUGCUGAGACCUCGUAAGAUUGAGAAGAGGCAGGCUCCGAUACUCGACCUGGGUGCCUUCAAGCACCCGCCGUUCGUGCGAUUCUCUGUCGGGUAA